GUCACCUCUAAUGAUAUGUUUGAUAAGUACUAAAAUUAUAAGAGGAGGAGAGCACUCCAAAUAUUAUAUAUAUCGAUGCACGCCUGGGAAAACACCAGAGGCAAAGGAGGACUCACCCACUUGAUUUGGAGUUAAUCAGUUGAGGAGGCGGCAUCAUGGCAAACAAUGUGUUUGGCAACCCCAUCACCAAUGAAACUCUGGAGGCUAUGCCAGAAUAUUAUAAAAAAGAAAUAACGCCUAGAGACAGAGCACAUGUGGCUAUGCUUAUGAAAAAUGCAGAAAAUAAGGAUCACAAUGCUCGCAAUCAUGUUGAGAGUCGUAAAAAGGAUUUCGGUGAUGGAAUCUCCGCACUCUGCGUGAUUUACAAUGCGACUGGGGACGCUUUAAAGUUUAUUACUACCCACGAUUAUCACGGCCACAUUUAUGCCGACCCAUACCCAACAAUAAUUCAAAAUGGCCAGUGGGCUGCUUUUUUGCAUGUCAAACCCUCUGUAAUUACUGCUGGAUCAAGUGCAGGUGUUGUGUAUCGUGGCAAGAACCAAUCUGGCGAACAACAUGACUGGAUGUUGGCUUGGUCUAUCCCAUAUGUUGGUGACAACCAUGCCUAUACUGAGAUUCGUGGAGCUGAUCACUACAAGGAGUCUAACAACCGUUGGGGUACAGUAUCUGAUAAAAUGGGAAAUGCUGGUUUAACUCACGAGGAUAAUUGGUGUCAGUGUGUAUCAUAUGCCUCAAUUGGUAACAACACUUCGCCCAUGUUUGAGGGGAUAAUGACCCUGGAAGGUGCCUAGGUAUAGGCAGGUGCAUUUGCAUUGUUGCGAUGGUCAGCGAGUCAAAUACUCCUACGUAUGGAAUAAAUAAGGCUCUCACACAUGAAUAUGUAAUAAUGACCAGUUUAUGUAUUUUAUAUUUUGUGGGUGAAUAAAUAUUCUCUAUCUUAAAUGAC